AUGCUGGAUAAGAGAGGAAAACUUAACAUUGGUGUUGACACCAUUCAGCAUGGGGUAGAAGGACUAACGUUUCUUCUUACUGAAAGCUCCAAGCUUAUGAUUUCUGAGAUAGACUUCCAAGAUUCCAUUGAUGUUCUGGGAUUCUCAGAUGAAUUGAACAAAUUAUUGCUCCAGCUGUACCUUGAUAACAGGAAGGAGAUCAGAAGCAUUCUUAGUGAGCUGGCACCAAAGCUUCCCAGCUAUCACAGUCUUGAAUGGAGACUGGAUGUGCAGCUUGCAAGCAGAAGUUUGAGACAACAGAUUAAGCCUGCUGUGACUCUAAAGCUACAUCUCAAUCAGAAUGAAGAUCAAACUGCCCAGGUGUUGCAAACCGACCCUUCUACCCUCCUCCACCUAAUUCAGCAACUGGAACAAGCGUUGGGGGAAAUGAAAACAAACCAUUGCAGGAGAAUAGUGCGCAACAUGAAAUAG